AUAUUUGAAAGCCACUGUAAACAAAUAGUCUCGUCAGCUGUUUUCAUUGCCUUUAUAAAAUAGCUAAACGAAUCCUUGGAAAUAACUUCUGCCUGAAAAGCGAAAAAUUAUUAUAAAAAUAUAAAAAUAUAUAAAAUAUGGAGUGGUUCAGUACAAUAAUACUAGUUUUAAUAAGUGUACAAAUAACACAGCAAGUUGAUUACGAUUGCGAUGAUUUGUUAAUGGGACAAUAUCUUUGUCCAGAUCCCACAAAAAAACAAAUUGAUCCCAAAACGCAACAAUUUUAUGGUUGUACGAAGGAAAAUAAAGCGCGAGUUUGGUGUUUAGCCGUAGAUGGUAUUAAUUGCACGGAAACAGGCAACAACACGUUUACGCGCGAAUUGCCCUGUAAAUGGACCAAUGGCUAUCACCUCGAUACCACGCUACUGCUUUCCGUCUUCCUGGGAAUGUUUGGUGUCGAUCGCUUCUAUUUAGGUUAUCCUGGUAUUGGGCUGAUAAAGUUUUGCACGCUUGGUGGCAUGUUUCUCGGCCAACUAAUCGACAUUGUGCUCAUUGCUACACAAGUAGUGGGCCCGGCAGAUGGUUCAGCUUAUGUUAUACCUUACUAUGGUGCCGGUGUGACAAUUGUACGUAGCGACAAUUCUACAUAUCGCUUGCCACGUGAUGACUGGUGAAAAUACAUUAAAUAUUUUAAAUCAUAUGUUAAUUAGUAAUAUAAAUUGACUGAGCAUGUUCGUGUGUACAUUUAUAGAAUAAGUAUUGUGUUUUCUAAGAAAUUAAGAACAAAAAAUGAAUAUUGUAUCUAAAAA